UCCCACCAUGUCUUUCCUCCAGCGCCUCGGCAUCACCCAUCCCAUCAUCCAAGCGCCGAUGGCGGGCACGUCCACGCCCGCCAUGGCGGCCGCCGUGAGCAACGCGGGCGCGCUGGGCUCGAUCGGCCUGGGGUCCGUCGACGCCGAGGGGGGCCGCAAGGCGAUCCGCGCCGUGCGCGCAGCCACCGCCAAGCCCUUCAACGUCAACGUGUUCGUGCACGCGCCCCCGCCGGCUCCGGCGGCCAGCGCGGCGCGCGACGCCGCGUGGUGCGCCUACCUCCGCCCGCAGUUCGAGAAGUACGGCGCGGCGCCGCCGAGCACGCUCAAGACUGUGUUCGGCACAUUCCAGACGGACGCGGACAUGCUCGCCAUGCUGCUCGAGGAGAAGCCGCCGGUCGUGUCGUUCCACUUCGGCUUGCCGGCGCCAGAGGCGAUCGCGGCACUGAAAGCGUACGGCGCCAUCCUCUUCGCGUCCGCGACGAGUCUGGAGGAGGCGAAGGUGUGCGAGGCCGCCGGCGUCGACGCCAUCGUCGCGCAGGGCAUCGAGGCGGGCGGGCACCGCGGGAUCUUCGACCCUGCUGCGCCAGACGACCAGCUUCCCACCGCGUCGCUCGUGCGUCUCCUCUCCAAGUCGCUCUCGAUCCCCAUCAUCGCCGCUGGCGGAAUCAUGGACGGCGCGGGCAUCGCAGCCGCCCUCCGCCUCGGCGCUUCUGCCGCACAGCUCGGCACCGCGUUCGCAGUCACCACCGAGACAGCUGCGUCGGCCGGACACAAGGCAGCUAUCCUCGGCGAGGCAGGGCGGCACACCCGUCUCGUCGCAGCCGUCUCCGGACGCCCCGCGCGCUCCGCCGCAUCCAACUGGACGCGCAUGAUGGACCAGAUGGCGAAAGACGGGGUGGAAAUCGCAGUGUAUCCCAACGCCUACGAUCUCGGGAAGCAGCUUCACGCGGUGGCGAGCGCCAAGGGUGACCAGGGCUGGGGUGGGUUCUGGGCUGGGCAAGGAGCGCCCCUCGCGCGCGAGAUGGGGGCCGCCGAACUCGUCGAGACGCUCGUCAAGGAGAUGAAGGAGGCGUGAGUGUGGGUGGAGGACAGUGCAACAGGAAUGGAGAAGAGCAAUAAACGGAGCAACGCUGAGGCCAGUCCUCGGGCCAAGUUGUAGUGUGAGACCAGCCCAAGCCUCUCCCACCAACUCCGGCCGCCCAAAUAUCUGUAAAAGUGCACUUGCACAAGUCGGUCAUCGCACGCAUGUACAUCAUCUAGAAUGGGA